AUGCCUGCCGAGGGGCCCGGCCCGCGUGCCCCGGUGCACGGCCGCCUGCCCGGGCUCUGGGCGGCAGCGCUGCUCCUGCUCGGUCUGCCGCGCCUCUCCGUGCGGGCGGAUGGGAAGCUCUUUGUGCUGGAGUCUCAGAAUGGCUCUCAGGGUCUGGAGCUGGAGGUGGCUCGGCUUUCCUGCAGGAGCAGGGGCGCUCACCUGGUGUCUGCAGACGAGCUGCGGAGGGUGGUCCAGGACUGCGCCUUUGCGGUGUGCACCACGGGCUGGCUGGCAGAUGGCACCCUCGGAACAACCGUGUGUAGCAAAGGGAGGGGUGAGCAGCAAAUCAUGAGAGCUGUUGAUGUGAGAAUUGAGAGCAACCCAGUUCCUGGGGGCAUGUACAGUGCCCUUUGUUUGAAGGAUGAAGAGAAGCCCUGUGGAGACCCGCCGUCAUUCCCGCACACCGUCCUGCAGGGCCGCACUGGCUUGCAGAUGGGGGAUGAGCUGCUGUACGUGUGUGCCCCGGGCCCUGUGGCAGGCCACCGCGAAACUGCCUUCACCUUGCUGUGCAACAGCUGUGGGGAGUGGUACGGCCUGGUGCAGGCCUGCGGGAAAGAUGAGGCUGAGGUACAUAUUGACUAUGAAGAUAAUUUCCCAGAUGACAGAUCUGUGUCAUUCAGAGAGCUCAUGGAGGAUUCCCGGACAGAGGCAGAAGAGGACAGGGGUCAGGGAGAAGCCUCUGUGGAGGCUCCAAAACAGGACCACCUGGUUUCCAUUUCUCCGGGGGAAGAAAACGUAGCCCGAGAUAAGCCCUUCGUGUCAACCAUAGGCUUGUCUGGUGCUGGGAGCAGCGUCCCCACAGACUUGCCAGGGUCUCAGCUAAACCAGAAAUACUUGUUCUGGUUUCCUGCUGAGACUUUCUACAAGUCUGAGUUGGAAAAGGAGGUGGAUGAUGACACCAAAAAGCAGUUUCCUGCUGGAGAUAACCACAGUGGUGCAAAAUUGGUCCCAGGUGAACCUGCCAUCAAGGUGACUUAUAGAAGCACUGAUGGCCCCUUGGGGCCAUUUACGGGCAGGAAUGACAGCAAGGCAGGGGAUCCAGUGGUGAGCAGCAGCGAUGAGUCCUGGUUAGAUGGCUACCCUGUGACGGACGGGGCUUGGAGGAAGAUAGAAGCGGAAGAGGAGGAAGAUGGGGACAAGGGCGAUGGGUCAGUAGGACUGGAUGAAAGUGUCCUGGUUACUCCUGAUCAGCCCAUUCUUGUGGAAGUUAAGAAGCUCGGGAGAACCACCCUCAGGCCGAGCGAGGACGUGACCCGUAGUUCAGUUCUUCCUUCCCAAAUGCUAGAUGUGGAGGCUUUGGCUCUCAGACCCAUGAAUGUGUCUGAGACCGAGGGUCCCCGCAACAGGGGUGGUAACUUUACCAAGGACCACUCAACUGUACCUUGGAGAUUCACCACGGAGACGUCUCCCAUCGCUACUCUACCUUAUGAACUCAGCAGCUCUACACUGGAGACAGUAACAACUGCUGCCCAGCAGAUGCCUAACCACGUCCCCUCAACUACCAUGGCGGCCACCCAGCCUCCAGUGGGAACCACUGCCCCUGAGGUCCAGGAGACCUUCCCAUGCCUGCUGUCGGAGGACUUCUUGGGGCAGGAAGGCCCUGGGCCAGAUGCAAGUGAGGAACUUCUUUCAACCUUGGAGCCGUGUGUGGGGAACGAGUGUUCCAGCCUCAGCAGAGGCCCUUUGAUUGCCACCAUUGUCACAAUCCUGUGCCUGCUGCUGCUCGUGGCAGGUGUGGGGGCAGUGUGGGGCUACCGCAGGUGCCAGCACAAGAGCUCUGUGUACAAGCUGAACGUUGGCCAGCGGCAGGUUCGGCACUACCACCAGCAGAUUGAGAUGGAGAAGGUCUAG